AUGGGUGGCUCGUGGAAACCGUACCUCUAUGGUCUCGCACCAUGCACCGGUGGGGUUGCAUUUGGAUAUGAUACGGGAUCGAUGAGUGGAAUUCUGGCCAUGCCACAAUUUCUCUCCUAUAUGAACAACCCAGGCGACUUUCUGCAAGGGGGAAUCACAGCAUCCAUUCAGGCUGGUUCAUUUGCUGGCUCGCUUUUGACUGGUGCAUUCCUGGCAGAUCGUCUAGGUCGCCGCAAGACUAUUCUGCUGGGCUCUUUGAUCUUCACAAUUGGCGUGGCGAUCUCGACUGCGGCUAAUAAUGUUACUGCACUUGUUGCUGGCCGAGUAAUUAAUGGAUUGGGAAAUGGCUGUUUGGCAAUGAUGGUACCGUUAUACCAAAGUGAAAUUUCUCCUCCGCAAAUUCGGGGACGAAUUGUAUCGCUGCAGCAAUGUUGUAUAAAUUUUGGCAUCUUGAUUGCUUUUUGGAUUCAAUAUGGAACCAGCUUUUUGGCCGGUGAAGCUUCAUGGCGCCUAGCAUUGGGUCUCCAGAUGAUCCCUACAGCAUCUUUGCAUUUGACAAUGUACUUCCUACCAGAGUCACCUCGCUGGCUUGCUCAGCGAGACGACCACGAGGGUGCAUUACGAGCGCUGGCUCGAAUGCACUCUGAUGGCGACAUAAAUAAUGCGUUCGUUCAGGCUGAACUGCUGGAAAUCGAAUCCAAGAUUCAGUGGGAAAAGCAGCACCCACCUCCAACUUAUCUUGAGAUGCUUUUUGGUCGGGAUCGUCGAAGAACGUGGCUUGGCAUUGGAGUGCAAUUUUGGCAACAAGUGACUGGUGUCAAUGUAAUCAUGUAUUAUGCUGUGUUUCUUUUCCAACAGGCAGGAAUUACUGGGACGAAAGGCUCACUCCUGGCCAAUGGUAUCCAGGGUGUUGUUUUGAACGUUUUCACUUGGCCAAAUAUGUACUGGAUGGACACAUGGGGUCGGCGAACUCCUAUGGUCAUCGGCGGGAUCGGCAUGGGUAUUUCAAUGAUGCUUAUAGGCACGAUUAUGAAAACUCAAGGAGAUCCCAUUUACAAUAGCGUUACGCAAAAGACCAAUUUUUCAUUUAGUAGCCAAUCGGCCUCUAAUGCCACCAUCGCAUUUAUUUAUGUCUAUGUGAUGACCUUUGCGUUGACAUGGGCUUGCGUGGCCUGGGUCUAUCCCCCAGAGCUGUUUACCACAGGAUCUCGUGGCCGUGGAACUUCCAUGACCUCCGCGACUAACUGGUUUGUAAACUUUUGGUUUGCUCUUUAUAUUCCCACGGCUAUGAAUAAAAUCUCUUGGAAACUUUACAUGGUAUUUAUGACACUCUGUUAUACCAUGGCUAUCGUGGUAUACCUUUUUUACCCAGAAACAGCUCAGAAAACAUUGGAAGAAGUCGACUUUCUUUUUUCAAAAGACCGCACGAUUUGGGUCUUCCAAGAUCGCGAGGCACGCAAAGUGGGAGCAAUCUUCGAGCGCGACCUUGCUCAUGGAGAAGCGCUUACAGAAUUCGAUGGCAAAGGCACCAUUGCUGCUCAUAUCGACAACGUCGGGCUUCAAGCAUAG